AUGGAGCAACCUAUAAUCAAGAUAUGCGGCCUACAGUCUUUGGAGGCUGCUAAGCAUGCUGUGGAUAGCGGCGCAAAAUACUUAGGUGUAAUAUGUGUGCCGAACAGAAAGAGGACUGUACGUGCUGAGGUAGCAAGAGAAAUUUCAGAACUGGUGCAUUCUUCAGACUCACAUGUAAAACUGGUUGGGGUAUUUCGCAAUCAAUCCAAAGAAGACAUCUUGGAAACAGUGCGCGACUACCAACUUGACAUUGUCCAGCUUCAUGGAGACGAGGCCUGGCGGGAGUAUCGACAGUUUUUAGGGAUCCCGAUUAUCAAGAGAAUGAUAUUUCCACGAGAUUGUGAUGAAGUUUUGAAAUCUUCUAAUGAACCGGACUUUUUGUGCCUUUUCGAUUCAGAAGCUGGUGGGACUGGUGAAAUGUUAAAUUGGGAAGCAAUCAAUCAGUGGGCAACAGAUACUGGUGUAGGCACUAGAUUUAUCUUAGCGGGAGGUCUAACUCCAGAAAAUGUUGAAGAAGCGCUCAAGAUCAGUGGUGUCAUUGGUAUAGAUGUUAGCGGAGGUGUAGAAAGUAAUAAUGAAAAGGACUUGAAUAAAAUAUCUAGAUUUGUAAAUAAUGCGAUGAAGUAA